UUCGCGCGGGAGCGGCGGGUUGAGGGGGAACGGAGGCUAUUGCGGGGCGUAGAGGAGGCAGGAUGGCGACCCCGGGCAGUAAGACGCCGACCCUGGCUUCCAAGAGGGCACUCCCGGCAGAUCCUCCCUCCGGAGUCCUGAGCAAGAGAAAGAAUUCAGGCCCUCUGCAGUCGCGGCUGCCGUCGUCUGGGCCUUUCGUGGAGGGCUCCAUCGUCCGCAUCGCGAUGGAGAACUUCCUAACCUAUGAUAUCUGUGAAGUAUCUCCCGGACCCCACUUGAACAUGAUUAUUGGAGCUAAUGGAACAGGGAAGUCAAGUAUCGUGUGUGCCAUUUGCCUUGGAUUAGCAGGCAAACCUGCUUUUAUGGGACGGGCAGAUAAGGUUGGAUUUUUUGUGAAGAGAGGAUGUUCCAAAGGCAAGGUUGAAAUUGAAUUGUUCAGGACUUCUGGAAACCUGCUUAUCACCCGUGAGAUUGAUGUGGCAAAAAAUCAGUCCUUUUGGUUCAUCAACAACAAGUCUACAACCCAGAAAGUAGUAGAAGAGCAAGUUGCAGCCUUAAAUAUUCAAGUGGGCAAUCUUUGCCAGUUUCUACCUCAGGACAAAGUUGGAGAAUUUGCAAAACUCAGCAAGAUUGAACUCCUUGAAGCUACUGAGAAGUCAAUUGGUCCUCCAGAAAUGCACAGAUAUCACUGUGAACUCAAAAACUUCAGGGAGAAAGAAAAACAACUAGAGACCUCAUGCAAAGAGAAAACUGAAUAUCUAGAGAAAAUGGUUCAGAGAAAUGAAAGAUAUAAACAAGAUGUUGAGCGGUUCUAUGAACGUAAGCGACAUUUAGAUUUAAUUGAGAUGCUUGAAGCCAAAAGACCGUGGGUGGAAUAUGAAAAUGUUCGUCAAGAAUAUGAAGAAGUAAAACUAGCUCGUGACCGAGUGAAGGAUGAGGUAAAAAAACUUAAAGAAGGACAGAUCCCUAUUACACUUCGAAUUAAGGAGAUUGAAAGGCAGCGCUGUGAUUUGGAGGCUCAAAUCAAAGAAAAGGCAACGGAUAUUAAGGAGACAUCUCAAAGAUGCAAACAAAAGCAAGACAUUAUAGAAAGGAAAGAUAAACAUAUUGAGGAACUUCAGCAAGCUUUAACAGUAAAACAAAAUGAAGAGCAAGACCGACAGAAGAGAAUAAGCAAUACUCGCAAAAUGAUAGAGGAUUUACAGAAUGAACUAAGGACUACCGAAAACUGUGAGACUCUUCAGCCUCAGAUUGAUGGCAUUACCAAUGACCUGAGACGAGUUCAAGAUGAAAAGGCAUUAUGUGAAGGCGAGAUAAUUGAUAAACGAAGGGAGAGGGAGACUCUGGAGAAAGAGAAAAAGAGUGUUGGUGAGCAUAUUGUACGUUUUGACAAUCUUAUGAAUCAAAAAGAAGAUAAGCUGAGACAGAGAUACCGGGACACAUAUGAAGCUGUUUUAUGGCUGAGAAGUAACAGAGACAGAUUUAAGAAAAGAGUUUGCGAGCCCAUAAUGCUUAUGAUCAACAUGAAAGAUAAUAAAAAUGCCAAAUAUAUUGAAAAUCAUAUUUCGUCAAAUGACUUGAGAGCUUUUGUGUUUGAAAAUCAAGAAGAUAUGGAGAUUUUCCUCAGAGAGGUUCGUGACAAUAAAAAGCUAAGAGUCAAUACUGUUAUUGCUCCCAAGAUUUCAUAUGCAGACAGACCACCUUCAAGAUCUCUGAGUGAACUAAAACAAUAUGGAUUUUUUUCUUAUUUGCGAGAGUUAUUUGAUGCACCUGAGCCUGUAAUGAGUUACCUUUGCUUCCAGUAUCACAUUCAUGAAGUUCCUGUGGGAACUGAAAAAACCAGAGAAAGAAUUGAGUGGGUAAUACAAGAAACCCAAUUAAAACAAGUUUAUACAGCAGAUGAAAAAUAUGUGGUGAAAACUUCUGUUUAUUCAAACAAAGUUAUUUCCAGUAACACAUCCCUCAAAGUAGCCCAGUUUCUCACAGUCACUGUGGAUCUAGAACAAAGAAGACAGUUGGAAGAACAGCUAAAGGAAAUUAAUAGAAAAUUGGAAGCAGUGGAUUCAGGAUUGCUUGCCUUACGUGACACAAACAGACAUCUAGAACGCAUAGACAAUGAACUUAGACAAAAGAAGAAGGACCUUCUUGAAAGAAAAACCAAGAAAAGACAACUGGAACAAAAAAUUAGUUCCAAACUAGGAAGUUUAAAGCUGAUGGAACAAGACACUUGCAACCUUGAAGAAGAAGAGCGAAAAGCAAAUACCAAAAUCAAAGAAAUAAAUGUUCAGAAAGCAAAACUUGUUACUGAAUUAACAAGCCUAGUAAAGAUUUGUACUUCUUUGCAUAUACAAAAAGUAGAUUUAAUUCUUCAAAAUACCACGGUGAUCUCUGAGAAGAACAAAUUAGAAUCUGAUUAUGUAGCUGCAUCUUCACGGCUGCGUCUAACAGAGCAACAUUUUAUUGAGUUGGAUGACAAUAGGCAACGAUUAUUGCAGAAGUGCAAGGAACUUAUGAAGAGAGCUAGGCAAGUAUGUAACCUGAGUGCACAGCAGACUGUUCCUCAAGAAUAUCAGACACAAGUACCCACCAUUCCAAAUGGACACAACUCCUCACCCCCCAUGGCUUUUCAAGAUCUUCCAAACACAUUGGAUGAAAUUGAUGCUUUAUUAACUGAAGAAAGAUCAAGAGCUUCCUGCUUCACAGGACUGAAUCCUACAGUGGUUCAGGAAUACACAAAAAGAGAAGAAGAAAUAGUACAAUUAACUGAGGAACUAAAGGGAAAGAAAGUUGAACUAGACCAAUAUAGAGAAAAUAUUUCACAGGUAAAAGAACGAUGGCUAAAUCCCUUAAAAGAGCUAGUAGAAAAAAUUAAUGAAAAAUUCAGCAAUUUUUUUAGUUCCAUGCAGUGUGCUGGUGAAGUUGAUCUCCAUACAGAAAACGAGGAAGACUAUGAUAAAUACGGAAUUCGAAUUAGAGUCAAAUUUCGCAGUAGUACUCAACUGCAUGAAUUGACUCCUCAUCAUCAAAGUGGGGGUGAAAGAAGUGUUUCCACCAUGCUGUACUUGAUGGCACUUCAAGAGCUUAAUAGAUGUCCAUUUAGAGUAGUUGAUGAAAUUAAUCAGGGAAUGGACCCAAUUAAUGAACGGAGAGUAUUUGAAAUGGUUGUAAACACUGCCUGUAAAGAAAACACAUCUCAAUACUUCUUUAUUACACCCAAGCUCCUGCAAAAUCUUCCUUAUUCUGAAAAGAUGACGGUAUUGUUUAUCUACAAUGGCCCUCAUAUGCUGGAAUCAAACAGAUGGCAUUUAAAGGCUUUCCAAAGGCGGCGCCGCCGUAUUACAUUCACUCAGCCUGCUCAGUAAAAGUAAAUAGUAGAAACUUUUGGAGGGUUUGUUUUGUGUUUUUUUUUUUUUUUUGGUUGUUGUUAAAUUCUGUUUAUAAGUAUGGAUUAACUGAAUGAAAGUUAAGAGACUUAUUAAAAUAGAAAAUUGGUUAAUUUUGAAACCUGCUCUUAAAUACAAAAAAUUGAUGAGAUAGAGAUCAUAAAGACUUCUUUUCUCUGGAACUUCAUCUGAGUAGUAAUGGUUAAGUCUUCAGUCUUGGUUGAACUUGAGUCCUUAGUACUCCGUGAGUCAUGGUUCCUAGCAUUAAAAAUAUUUACUAUUGCAAGUCAAGUCAGAGGCACAGUGGAACUGGGGUUAUCAAUCACAAGUGACACAGUAGCCCUGAGCUUUAAUUGCAGAAUAACUUUAGCUACUUUUAGAGCCUAAAGCUGACUCUAGAACUUAAAACCUAGCUUUUCCCAGUGUUACAUUUAAUUUUUUAAAAUUGAUAUGGAAAUGUCUAAUGUAUAGUAAUAAUUUAUGACAAAUAUAUUCAUUUUUUCCUAUUAAAAGACAUUAUCUCCACUAGGAAAUGAACUUUUGUGGCCUAUGGAAAAAAAUUUAUGAAACUUGAUGCUAUAAUUGCAUUGGUAUGGGAAAAAGAAGAAAAAGCAUUGGGCUUGAAAAAACAAUAGUAUGACUUAUUUGAAAUGUCACAAGACAUCCUCUAGAUGAUGCUAAGUGCAGCCAAAAGAUUAACAGAAUGAAAGCAGGUGGCAAGGGUUUUCUAAAGAAUAAUCUUAUAAAAUAUGUGUGGGUUUUUCUUGUUUUGUUUUCUAAUUUAAAGUCCAUUGUAUUUUACAUCUUAAAUUUCUAAAAAAAACAUUUUUAUAAUUAUUUUUAGGAAGAUUUUCUUAAGAUUUCAUAUACUGGUUUCUACAAUUUGUAUUUGAAAUUUCUCAGUGCUAAGUAAAGAGGGAAAGGCAUUGAUUUGUUUAAAACUAAUGUUUUUAGAAUUAAGCUACUAGGUCCUUCCUACAGUGUUGAUCUACCCAUUCUAGAAAUCUACGUAACUAUUUUCUUCCAGCUUGAAAAAAUUAAAUGAGAAAAUUAUUCAUUUACCUCUGAGUUAGUUAUGCUAAUUAACAGCUCCCAACAGAUUCUAUUCUUUUAAGAAAUAAAUCUUGUAAAGAAAAUAGACUGCUCCAAGGACAUGUCUUUGAAUUGUGGAUGGGAUCUGUGCACCAUGGUAAUGACAAAAUUGUAUUUUUGACUUGCUAGGCUGCAUAAAUUGAAGAGUUACAUUCAGUUUGGGUUUUACAUGUUCUUAUAUAACCAUUGACAUUUAUACUCAUAUUAGGUCAGAAAUAAUGAUUUGUAUGUUCUCUCCCUUAGGCAUUUUUCUCUUUGAAAAAUUAUUUUUUCUUUAUAAACAAAAUUUUUAAAGUCCUCUCUUAAACUAAGCCUAAUGCAUGAAGUAUGAAAAUAUUUUAAAAAUAUUUUUACUAUGGUGAACAAGUCAUAUGAAUUAAAAACUUGGUAACAUUUUAGUAAAUGGAUAUUACCAAACAUUUCUGUUGUUAACUUUGUUUUCCACUAACUAUAAAGUAACUAAUAUGUCCUGUGGUAUAAUUUAUUGUCUAAAUUUCCUGGGUGUGGAGGCACGCCUGUAAUCUCAGUACUUGAGAGUCAGAGACAGGAGGAUUGCCACAAGUUCGAGGCAUGCCUAGGUUACAUAGUAAGUUCAAGGCCAGCCUGAACUAUAAUAGUGAGACCCUGUCUAAAAAAAUAAAUGAAUUAGUACCAGUCAUCAAUUUCUGUAAAAAUGAACUCUUAGUGUGAAAAAGAAUCUUGAAGAUUAAUGAUAUUUGAAAAUAAAAUGGUCAAUUACCUUUCAGCUUACAUUUGCCAACAUUUAUUUCAUACCUUGUUUGUAAGCAUUUAUAUUUCUGUACUGAACAAAGUUAAUACUAGGUUUUACCUUGAAUUUUGAGCUGUGAAGGAUAAAUUAUGUAUCAUUUUAAUAUCUUAAGGAAUAAUAAGGGUAGCAUAUUAUAUAGUCUUGGCCACUUAAAAUUUCAUGUUUUCUACAAAUGUUGAUUUUUAAUCAAAUUGUAAAAACAUCAAGUAAAAAGCCUAAUUUGAUGAAUAAGAUGAUAUUUAAAACCUUAAGGUGAUAAGCAUUUUUGGAGACUAAAUCUUUGGUGAUUUGCCUGAGGAGAGUCUCUGUUAAAAGGUUUUCCAUAUUCAAAGUAAGAAGAAAGAUUUCCUGCUGCUUUCUGAUUGUCUUUUGGAUAUAUGCCUAUUGUCUUUGCAAUAUGAACCUUUAGUAUGUGAAAAAUGUAAUUUUGUCCAGCUAUUGUGUAUGUACAUGUGUAUAAUUGUUAAAAACUCUGUUGAAAAUGCUUUGUUAUAAUAAAUACAUAUUUUCAUAUC